UGAGAACCCACCCAACACGCACUAUCUUUCUCUACUGCUGGUAAGUGGCAACGGUCAAGAAAACAGAGAAGAAACAUAUUUCCAAGGAUUUCUGACAAACCAUUAGUGUGUGUUUGUGUGUAAAUACAUAUACCUGCCAGUGUUUCCGAAUACCAUCUUGGAAAAAAACUAUUUCCGUUCCAUAGAAGCAGAGAAAUCAGAUACUCUCUCUCCUCCUCUGCUUUUCUCUCUCUAAAAUUGAGACACAAUAAAGAAGCCAUGAUGGGUCGCAGAGACGGUGCGUUGAUGAGGAACACCGGACACUCUCUUCGCGGUUCGAGAAUCGCCAUUGCUGUUGCGGUCGGUGUGCUCCUAGGAUGCGUCUUCGCCUUCUUCUUUCCUCACGGUCUCUUUCUUUCCAGUUCUCCAAUUCUUCGGGAAAGAGUAUCUAAAUCAGAUAUACAGGUUGGUUCAACGCCGUGUGAAUCAUCUGAACGGAUCAACUUGUUGAAAUCAGAGUUUGUAGCGGUGUCUGACAAAAAUGCAGAGUUGAAAAAAGAAAUCCGGGAAUUGACUGAAAAGCUUCAGUUGGCCGAACAAAGGACUGAUCAUGCACAGAAGCAGGUACUGGUGUUGGGUGAGCGCCAUAAAGCUGGUCCUUUUGGUACAGUUAAGGGUUUAAUAACCAACCCAACUGUUAUUCCUGAUGAAUCUGUGAAUCCAAGAUUGGCAAAGAUACUGGAGAAAGUUGCUGUUCGGGGAGAGCUUAUACUCGCACUUGCGAAUUCAAAUGUGAAAGACAUGUUGGAGGUAUGGUCCACUGGCAUCAAGAGAGUGGGUAUACCAAAUUAUCUAGUUGUUGCACUGGAUGAAGACAUUGCCAAUUUUUGCAAAUCAAAUGAUAUUCCAGUGUAUAAGAGAGAUCCAGAUGACGGUAUUGAUUCAAUUGCUAGGACAGGAGGAAACCAUGCUGUCUCGGGAUUGAAAUUCCGGAUCUUGAGAGAGUUCAUGCAGCUUGGUUAUAGUGUUCUUCUAUCUGACAUUGAUAUUAUCUACUUGCAAAACCCUUUUGAUAAUCUUUGUCGGGAUUCAGAUGUGGAAUCCAUGACUGAUGGUCAUGAUAAUAUGACUGCUUAUGGGUAUAAUGAUGUUUUUGAUGAGCCUUCAAUGGGUUGGGCUCGUUAUGCUCAUACAAUGCGAAUAUGGGUAUAAAAUUCUGGUUUUUUCUAUAUAAGACCAACGAUCCCUUCAAUUGAGCUUUUGGAUCGCGUGGCAAGUCGGCUCUCCCGGGAACCAAAGUCUUGGGACCAGGCAGUUUUUAAUGAAGAGCUCUUUUUCCCUUCACAUCCUGGUUAUGAUGGGCUUUUCGCUACUAGGAGAACUAUGGAUUUUUAUCUGUUCAUGAACAGCAAAGUCCUCUUUAAGACUGUUAGAAAACAUGCUAACCUGAGGAAGCUUAAACCAGUGAUUGUUCAUGUAAAUUACCAUCCUGAUAAGCUUCCAAGAAUGAGAGCAGUCGUUGAGUACUAUGUUAAUGGCAAACAAGAUGCAUUGGAACCCUUCCCAGAUGGUUCAGAUUGGUAAUCCUAUUUCUGCUCUCUAUCUCCAAAAGGCUUGUACUGUUAAUAGUUAAUACCUUAUAACAUAUAUUUAUGUUAAAAGUUUACUUGGGUGUCCAAGAGCAAUAUGAGUUCUGCCUUUUUAUUCUACAAGUUUGCUGCUUUCUGCCA